GGAUGGAGUCCGGCUACUAAGAACAUUUGAAAAUCUUUCAUAUGAUGCAUCUAGAACGUCAGAGGCUGGGACAAAGCCCACAAUAAAUCCAAUCUCAGCUGCUGCAGCUGUGGCAGCAGCAGCCGCAGCUGGUAGUGCCUCCGAUAGAGGCGCCUCUGUCGUCACCAUGGCUGGAGUGGCUGGGGAUACCCGAAGUUUGGGGGAUGUGAAACCUAGAAUUCCUGAAGAUUCAAAUGACAAGUCAAAGAUUUGGAAGCUCACUGAAAUUAACGAACCAUCUCAAUGUAGAUCCUUGAGGCUGCCUGAGAACGUACGAGUAAACAAGAUAUCUAGGUUGAUCUACACAAAUUCUGGAAGUGCAAUCUUGGCAUUAGCAUCAAAUGCAAUUCAUCUGCUAUGGAAAUGGACGCGAAGCGAUCGUAAUUCAACUGGCAAGGCAACUGCAAAUGUUUUGCCGCAAUUAUGGCAACCAUCAAGUGGCAUUCUAAUGACCAACGAUGUUGCUGACACUAGUUCUGAAGAGGCUGUGCCCUGCUUCGCUUUAUCUAAAAACGAUUCUUACGUCAUGUCAGCUUCUGGUGGAAAGAUAUCCCUCUUCAAUAUGAUGACAUUUAAGACAAUGACGACUUUCAUGCCGCCACCACCUGCUGCCACAUUCCUUGCCUUUCACCCACAAGAUAACAAUAUAAUUGCCAUUGGCAUGGAUGAUUCCACAAUUCAAAUUUAUAAUGUCCGCGUGGAUGAGGUAAAGAGCAAGCUUAAAGGCCACUCUAAAAGAAUAACUGGCUUGGCCUUCUCUCACUUACUGAAUGUGCUAGUUUCAUCCGGAGCUGAUGCACAGCUCUGUGUGUGGAGCUCUGAUGGGUGGGAGAAGCAGAGAACAAGAGUCUUACAACUUCCAAAUGGGAGGCCAUUAUCCUCCCAGUCUGACACUCGUGUACAGUUUCAUCAGGACCAGGCGCACUUUCUUGUCGUGCACGAGACUCAGAUUGCAAUAUACGAGACUACAAAGCUUGAGUGUGUAAAGCAGUGGACGCCACGGGAAUCUGGUGCACCAAUCUCUCAUGCAACAUUCUCUUGCGACAGUCAAAUGAUAUAUGCCAGCUUCUUGGAUGCAACUGUCUGCGUGUUUACCGUUGCUAAUCUCAGAUUACGUUGUCGAAUUAGUCCUUCAGCUUAUCUUCCUGCUAGUGUGAGCAAUGCUUCCGUACAACCACUAGUGAUUGCAGCACAUCCCCAAGAAGCAAACCAAUUUGCUUUAGGGCUGUCAGAUGGCGGGGUUCAUGUCUUCGAACCCCUCGAGUCCGAAGGAAAAUGGGGUGUGCCUCCUCCCAUCGAAAAUGGAUCAGCAUCAAGUGUGCCGACGACUCCAUCAGUUGGAGCUUCAGGUUCAGAUCAAGCCCCAAGAUGAUCGAGCCAGCUAGCACGAGUACUUUUACAUGCUUGGUUGCUGGCUCUCCAACUUUAGGUAUACUUC